GUAGGCUACUUCUUUUUUGAAAGAUACAAACCUCUUUAAAAGAAAAUAAACUCUAUUUUGGUUCUAUUUAGUUUCGUUUUGUUUCUAUUGUUUGUUUGGGUUAUAAAAAAUCCUUGAAUAACUCGGUAUAGCCUACUCCAGUCAAGUGGUGGCGGUAAUGCACAAGGUAAAGUUGCCAACCGCCAAUAAACCAGAAGAAGAAGAAGAAGAAGGCUAAUGGAUGUCAAUAUAUAUAUCUAUGAUGGAUGUCAAGCGAAAUGAAACGCCUCACCGUCAUGGAAUAUGCCUGUGUCUUUUCUGUGGCUUACCUGCCGCAGGGAAGACGACGCUUUUGAAGGCGCUGUCGAACCACACAACGCUGAUGGGUUGGACAACGUGGUCGUUGCUCUACGACGAUUUGAUACCACAGGAGGCUUUUACUGAAGUCUGCAUGGAAGCCAAGAGUCAGCCACAUCACACGCAAACCAAAUGGAAACACCACAGACAAGCCAUUCUGUCAUGGCUGGCAAAUUUCUUGCAGAAUCCUUCUCAAGAUCCCAGUUCCUGCGGGAGUGACCAUGAAGUUCAUCAACGAUGUAUGGCAUUGCAGAAGCAAGAUUUACCAGCGACAUUGCAGGCUCCACAUUCCCAGGAAAAAAUACUCUUUUUGCUUGAUGACAAUUUCUACUACCAGAGCAUGAGAUAUGAAGUCUACCAGCUUGCAAGAAAGUAUGGAGUUGGGUUCUGUCAAGUUUAUCUGCAAUGUCCAACAGAGCUUUGUGUCAGUCGGAACAGAGGCAGGGCAGUGCCAUUGUCUGAAGAGGUCAUACUGGAAAUGGUUAAACGCAUGGAACCACCAAAUCCUUUGAAGAAUUCAUGGGAACAAAACAGUCUAACACUUUCCAGCUGUGAAGAGUUCACAAAUCACAAUCUUCAGAGUCUGACCACAUUGAUUUCUUCUGCCUUUGACAAUCCUUUGAGUCCUUUCCAAAAUGAUACUGAAAAGAGGGAGAUGGAUCGACAGAGCUGUGCCAAUAGUGUGCUACACCAAGCUGAUCAGGCCUGCAGGCGCUUAGUGUCCAAAGCCAUGCUGACUGUUAGAGUAUGCAUUGUGUUCAACCCAGCAUGCAUCACAUCAAGUCAGAUCUGCGCAGAUCUUCCAGGAGUCGAACAAGCCUAUUAGGCUCGUUUGCGAUGAGCUGCGGCUGACUUAGGCUGGCUUCAUACGUCAACGAGAGCUUGAGAGUCUUAGCAGGAGGGGCAACUAGCCCACGCAGCUGAUCCCGGACAGUCCGCCUGAGAUGCCAUGUGACUGAAUUCACUCGCGGGAGACCUCGCUGGAGACCUCGCGGGAGAUAUUGCGGGAUUUUGAAUUAAAUGUAGUAUAACUUUCAUUUUUACUCAUUAAAAUGAGCAUGAUGACUGACUAAAUAAAUUGAUAUGAUGUGUUUAAAUAAACCACUAUUGUCAUACAGUUAACAGGCCUGCAUUGUAGCACAUUAAUUAAAUAUCAAGUGUUUUCCGUGUGUAUAUAUUUAACCAACAGCAUAAAAUAGCAGAAUAUCCUCACGUGUUCAGUAGGCUAGCCUACCGCUGUUCCAGAAAUCACAAAUAAUAAGGUAUCCCUUCGAUUUCUGUUCAUUUUAGCACAUUCUAACGUAAGGAGCAAAGAUUCUAGAACAGAGCAAGAUGGAUCACAGGGAUAAGCUCCAGCUUCGUCCCAGACGCUGGUUACAGUGCAGUUGAACUGAUCCGUCUUGGUCCGCUCUAGAGUCUUUGGUAAGGAGGCAGAACGAGACACCUGUCAUACUCGUCAUGGGGAGAUUCCUUCCAAAUGGCCCUAUCACAACUUUGAACUAACGUCAUUGGGGUGGGUUUCAGCCAGCGCAGUUGCUGAAAUGUGAACUGCGCUGAUUAGCUCAGACGCAGUCUCCCGCGAUGUUUUAAGGACAUGUGACAUGAUGUCACGGUGGUAACUCCCACCGCGACUGCAAGAAGUCGGACAUGAUUUCUAACCAGUUUGCAUUUCGUCUGUCCCAGUAUGCACUCUGUUUAACCCAGCAUGCAUCACAUCAAGUCAGAUCUGCGCAGAUUUUCGAGAAGUCAAACGCACCUAUUAACUAAGGGGGGCGGGGCUUAGCCAGAGGUGAUAUAUAAAAAAAGCAUGAUAUAUAAAAAAAACCCACCAGUGGUGGCUCUAGGGGAAGCUAGAUCGAUAGAAGUGGAAAUCUCUAUAAAUCAGGGAUGCAAACAGCUCAAUCAACUUGGGUGACUAUAAAUCGUCUUGAUCAGAAGAGUUUUUCACCACACAUGUUUGCAUCCCUGAUAAAUAUGUACAGAAAUAAGCAUCAAUGACUAUUUGGAAAGCUUUCAUAAUAAUAAUAAUAAUAAUAAUAAUAAUUUAUGGAGCGCUUUUCUUUACAUAGUUACAAAGUGCUUUACAUAUAAAAGAAUAAACAAAACCAAAACAAGACCAAACAAAAAUUAAACUUAAGUAAACUCUUAAAGCUUUAGGGUAUGGGUGAGUUUUAAGGAAAGAUUCAAAAGAUGUCACAGAAUCCGCUAACCUUAUUUUCUCAAGUAGUGCAUUCCAGAGCUUUGGGGCUGACACAGAAAAAAUAUCUGUCCCCUAUAAAGCCUGGGUUCAGGAAUGGUUAAUACACAUUUACCUGCAGACCUUAAUUUGCAUGUAGGAUUAUUGGGCACUAGCAAAUCAAAAAUGUAACCAGGGGAAAGGCCAUGACAAGCUUUAAAUGUAAUUUUUUUAAUGUAAUUUUUUAAAAAAAUUUGGAGCCAGUGUAGUGAUACUAGAACAGGAGUGAUGUGUCCAUACCGUUUGGUGUUAUUUACAGUAGGAGCCUAUCAUUUGAAGCCUGUGUAAGGACUUUGAGUGAGGCAUGUGAAAAGAAACAUAAAAUAUGUCUUAUUUUUGGAAAUAUUACUUAGUUGGUAAAAACAAGAUUGCACCGGCUUGAAGCGAUGCCAGAGCAUAGCUUUGUUUAGUUUAAAUCUAGUUUUAAAUCUAGAGUUAAGUCCAAACUGUUCUCAGAUGCUGUCAUUUUCAUAGGGGGUAUUCACACCUGCCUUGUUUAGUUCGAUUAAAACGAACUCAAGUUCGUUUCUUGCUUGGUUCGGACCUUUUUGACUGGUGUGAAUACAAUCACUCGAACUCUAGUGCGGACCAAACAAGCGGACCGAGACCCAGCUGAGGAGGUGGUCUCGGAGCGGUUCCUAUCGAACCCUGGUGCGGUUCGUUUAUGGUGUGAAAGCAGACCGACCUCGAUCCGACCCAGUUACAGAAAUCUACCUUUUUUGGAUUUGACGAGCUCCCGUAGUUUUUGCGCAUUAUGGGAAAUGUAGGAUAGCUCCGUGACGCACAACAGCUGUAAGCAGCAGUGGGCUAACGCUUUUUUGCCAACAAUAAUUUGAUUUUGCAUCUCCUACCCGUUCCGUCUUCCGUAGGCCUGCUGUUAGCAUGUUGGACACACAUGAGAACUCUUCUCAGCUGUUUUGUUGCACGUCUUCGUCGUUGCAAAAUUACGAGCAUGAUAUUGUUAAACUUGCAUCUAACGGUCUUGACGCUCAAGCACUUCUGCAAAGCUUUAACUGUAUAAACUAUAUUGCUAGGAUAAUAACGAGUACAGCACGCAAACAUAGUAUUUACGUGGGCCAACUUUGACUUUGUCUUCCUAUUCUUCACCCCACCUACACGUUUACCAGCCAAUGGUUGAACGACCUUAGCACAUGUGCUUUUGUUUAUAAAUUCUGGUCCGGUUGCAAUUAAUCACGGUGUGAAAGCGAACCGCACCAAAAAAGAAAAAAAGAAAAAAAAAAUUGGUCCGGACCAAAUAAGUGAACUAACGGACCUUCCUGGUGUGAAUACGCCCAUAGUGACAAUAGCAUGUGUAAGUAUCUUUUGUCAUUGUGAGAAUGGGGGUUGUAAGGCACUGUAUAGGCGUAUAUUGAGAUUCCAUCUAUCUGGUUUUUUUUUUAUUUCUUUACUGUCUGUUUCAAGUCCAAAGCACAUGCAGUAUUGUUUUUGUCUUUUUUCUAAU